AAAGCAUCUGACGCGUAUAUAGAAAGGUUCCGAGCUACCCUUCUGCAAACGGGGAAACCAAGGAAGUGACCAGAUGGAACCACUUGAGUUUCUCCGAGGCAUAGUGAAAUCACCAGAGUGAGUGGAGGAUGCUGCUGUUUGCCUGUCUAAAACACAAAUGGACACCAACAGCUCCACUGACUGAUGGAUAUGUGGCUUGUUUAAAAGUCAGAAGAAGAGGAAUGCUAUGUGCAGCGCCCUUGCAACUGACAUUUCAAGAUACCAUCUGGGGAAAGUAACACACUGACAAAGGCGUUAAGUAUUCCCGACUAAAGGCAAAAUUACGACAUUUUUUGGAAAAUGAACUUCUUGUCAGCCUUUGUGACAUUUGAGAACCUCCAUGAGGUUCGGAGAUUGUGCCACUGGGGUCCCAUUAUCGCGCUCUCUGUGAUUGGUAUAUGCUCCAGUAUGGCCAUCUUGGACUCCAUCAUUUGGUACUGGCCCCUGGACACCACUGGCGGGAGCAUCAACUUCAUAAUGCUCAUAAACUGGACAGUUCUGAUCCUCUACAACUACUUCAAUGCUAUGUUUGUUGGGCCUGGAUACAUUCCACUUGUUUGGAAACCGGGGGAUCCAAUAGACACCCAAUACCUGCAGUUCUGCAGAGUAUGUCAGGCAUACAAGGCACCAAGAUCACACCAUUGCCGCAAGUGUAACAGAUGUGUGAUGAAGAUGGAUCACCACUGCCCUUGGAUCAACAACUGUUGUGGCCAUCAGAAUCAUGCCUACUUCACUAGUUUCCUUCUGCUGGCCCCACUGGGUUGCUCACACGCCUCCUUCAUUUUCAUAAUGACGAUGUACACUCAGCUGUAUGAAAGGAUCUCAUUUGGUUGGAGCUCAGUGAAGAUCGACAUGAGCGCUGUGCGUCAGUUCCAGCCCCUCAUGCCCUUCAGUGUUCCUGCCUUUGCUGCCACACUCUUUGCCUUAGGCUUGGCACUGGGCACCACUAUUGCCGUUGGCAUGCUUUUCUUUAUACAAAUGAAAGUCAUCCUUCAAAACAAGACGUCGAUUGAGUCCUGGAUUGAAGAAAAGGCCAAAGAAAGAAUACAGCACUACCAAACAGGGGAGGAGUUCAUCUUUCCUUACGACCUUGGCAGCCGCUGGCUCAACUUCAAGCAAGUCUUUACAUGGUCAGGGACGCCCCACGGUGAUGGGAUUGAAUGGCCCGUUCACCCCAAGUGUAACCAGCACACCUUAACUAUUGAGCAACUGAAGCAGAAGGCUGAUAAACGUGUGAGAAGUCAGGUGCAGUACCAGGCAAUCGAGGACUAUAAUGGGGCUUGCUGCCCCCUUUCCAAGGGUCUCCAAACUUUUUUCAGGACACCUUGCACAGAGGAACCAAGAAUCCCUCUCAAGAAGGGAGACACUAUCCUGGCCACCCGUGGCACCAAAUGGUGGAUGUAUGGUGACAAAGUGCUGAGCGAGGAACAAAUUCAAGUUGGGGAUCGGGUUCGAGGAUGGUUUCCCCGGCGUUGUGUGGAGAAGUGCCAUUAUGACACUGCUGCAAAUGAUAGCACCAGCGAAAAGAAAGUUAACUAAUGUAACCAGACAGUCGAGGAGACCAAAUACUGCUGUCCUUAUUAGAUGGUAACUGUUUGUCCAGUGAAGAUGAAGAUGUCUUAACCUGACGCAUCAGACAUGCUCUUACGUCACUUCAGUUUCUGAUGCAUUUUAAUGCAAAUUUGGUAUCUGUGUCUUAUUAAGUUGUGUUAUUUUCGUCUCGUGUUCAACAUAAUGCCUCCAAGCAUUGUUAACAGACUGUUUUGUUGACUACUCUCACCAAAUCCCAGCCAAGGUCUUAAUGUCAGAUAAUUGCCAUCAGGCUUAAAUGUGACUUUCUUGUGAUCGCAUUACCUUACUUGAAUAUGUCCAUUUUACUCGUGCUGACGUCUGUUUUCGCUAAAUAUGCAAUGCCUCCGCCCAGCAAACCCCAGGGCUUCUUCAUGCAACUCUUUCUACAGUUCUGAGCAAAUAUUUGUUUUACUUUGUAUAAUUUUUGUAAAAACGAAUUGUAUGCCUUCUACUGUCA